UUAGCCCUGAGAGGGAAGAAUCGGCUGGCUCCUGGAAAUAAACUGAGAGCACACAGAGCUUCCCCACACCUUCAGAUUUGCACCUUGCUGUCCAGGAGCUUUCUUCAGCUAGCCUUCCUUCCCAGUCCACCAUGGCCAGUACCAAUAGCAGUGCGGGCAUCCGGUGGUCCAGACAGGAGACACGAACUCUUCUCUCCAUAUUAGGCGAGGCAGAGUACAUUCAGCGCCUCCAGACUGUGCACCACAAUGCAGAUGUCUAUCAGGCUGUGUCUAAGCGAAUGCAGCAGGAAGGCUUCCGCCGCACCGAACGCCAGUGCCGCUCCAAGUUUAAAGUUCUGAAGGCAUUAUAUUUAAAAGCGUAUGUUGCCCAUGCCACAAGUAUGGCCGAUCCACCGCACUGUCCAUUUUAUGAUAUGCUGGAUCAGCUUCUCCGAAAUCAGAUAGUGACUGAUCCAGACAACUUAAUGGAGGAUGCUGCUUGGGCCAAGCGCUGUGAUCAGAAUUUAGUGGCCUCUGAUCGCGCAGGGGAAGAGGGAACCGGCAUUCUGAAAGCAAAAAGGACUCAGGUAGCAGAUCAUCAGCCUGUCCUGAAAACGGUUAAGGAAUCAGAUGAGGAUUGUCACCUGAGACUCAGUGACCGGAUUCAAGAAACCAGUGACCUUGAGGACUCCUGGGAUGAAUCCUCGGGUGCAGGGUGCUCUCAAGGGACCCCCAGCUACAGCAGCUCCCACAACCUUUUCAGAGGUGCAGUUGCUCCCUGUCAGAGCAGCACCAUGACGAGACUGGGUGUGUCCGGUGAGCCCAGUCCCUGCACCAGCACCAGCCGAAACGCUCCUGGUGUAGCCUCCACACAGCGCCCUCAAGUCUCCUCCUCCAGAGUUCGUUUUGUUUCUGGUGGAGAUAGGCCUUUGACCAGUGAGCCACCUCCAAGGUGGGCAAGGCGAAGAAGGCAUUCAGUGUCCAGGACUAUUGCUGCUGAGCUGGCAGAAAACAGGAGAUUGGCACGAGAACUUUCAAAACGUGAGGAAGAAAAAUUGGACAGGCUGAUUGCUAUUGGUGAGGAGGCCAGUGCUCAGCAAGACACCGCCAAUGAGCUUCGCAGGGAUGCUGUGAUCGCAGUCAGACGUUUGGCAACAGCAGUGGAAGAAGCAACUGGUGCUUUUCAGCUAGGGCUUGAAAAAUUGCUUCAAAGGUUAAUUUCUAAUACCAAAAGUUAGGUAUCUGUUACAAAAGGGAGUUAUUUCCUAAACUAGUAGAAGUCUAGUUCCAACAUCUGCCUCCUGGUCCUCUGGCUCCUUUUCUGAUGCACCUAGUCCUCAGGGGAAAAAAAAGUGGAUGGACCAUUAAUACGCAAAGUAAUAGCAGAAAACAGGCAAGUUCCUUUUCCCAAGAUUCUCCACUAAUUGACAGACCUUCCAGAAAUUUGAGGGACGGCCUAGUGGAAAAAGGAUUGAGCCACGUCCAGAGAGCUAGUUAGUCCUGGCUUUGUCACUGAUUCCUUGUGUGACAUGAUUUAGUUUACCUCUCUAUAACAGUUCCCUUAUCUGUAAAAUGGGGAAUAGAUCAUAUGCCUGACCUGCCUACCUCACAGGGUUGUUGUGAGGAUCAAAUGGUUAAUAGAUGUGAAAGGGUUUAAAAGUUUAAAAGCACUAUACAAAUGUAAGUUAUUAAUGCAUAUGGCUAGGGUGAAGCACAUUAGUUUACAAGAUAUAGAAGCAUUGUUGUAUACCAUGAUCUCAUUGCUUGAAGCCUUCCUUUACUAGUUUAACUCUCUUUGACUGCAUCAUGGAGUUCGAAAUGUUCCUUUUUUUCAAUUCCUCUGUAGCUUAUUUGAAGGUUCCCUGGUGGUACAGUGGUUAAGUGCUCAGCUGCUAACCAAAACGUUGGCGGUUUGAACCCACCAGCUGCUCCAUGGGAGAAAGAUGUGGCAGUCUGCUCCUGUAAAGAUUUACAGCCUUGGAAACCUUAUGGGUCUGUCCUGUAGGGUUGCUGUGAGUCAGAAUCGACUCAAGGGCAGUGGGUUUGGUUUAUAGCUCAUUUGACUAAUGUAGACAAAAUGUAUUUGUAUCCUUAUGUCUUAUAUUUUCACUGCUGUGUCUGUGACAUGUGUAUUACUAAGCACUGCUAACAGCUGGACCAUCUUUCCUUCUUCAUUUUACUAAUUCUUAGUCUGUCAGUAUACAAUAUAGAAAAGAACUGACAGGGAGUCUCCGUAGUGUGUUAGGGUUCAUACUGAUAAUAGGCUUUCAUAAAAUGAAAUACUGGCCGUUUUAUAAAAUGGUAAAUGUAACUAAAUUCUUUGCAUUUCUUAUUAUUUGGGUCCUUUUAUAUGUAUUUGUCUUUAAAUUUUGAUUGCCGUUCGAAUAUUGUGGAAACAGUUCAGAUUAUAUCAGCAUCUCAAUCCGCUUUUCGCUAAUUUCAUUCUUUUCUGUUAGCUGGUUUUCUGUCCAGUAUGUUACAGAGGGCAAGCCCUAGAAAACUUUCCUUCUGGGGAACUGGCAAAAGUCAGUUUUUCUCAGAUGGUAUCCAUAAAAGUUCACCUAGUUAAUGUAUGUAGUGAAAGAACAGCUUUGCUUGUCUUUCAGCUUUGGGAACACUUGAAGGUGUUGUUGAUAAAGUCUCCUUGCAGUAGAUAAUUCAUUUGAAGCACAAGCCCCUGCCUUCCUUUGGGAAGAUAGGAAGGUGUUCAGCCACACUUCCAGUUUACUUUAGAAAGGAAGAGGGUAUUGGCCAUCAUUGAACUAACCGAAAGUUUUAGUGGUUUACUUUGUACUUUUAGGAAAUACAAAUAGGGGGCAUUGGAGUUUAAAAAGCUUUCCUACAAUUUAGAGGCUUAAAAAACAAAAAAAAGUGGGCACGUUGGGACAGCUUAGAUGCUUAACUAAAUGCUAGAAAUACAAAUAGGUGAAGUGGUCAAAAAAAAAAAAAAGUGGGAACAUAACCUGGAACCAUGAAUAAAUGGCAAGGAACUGCUCUGAUGAAUGGGUAAUGGAUGUGGGAGGUAGCUGGUGUGGUAGAAUACACUGGAAUCUAGCUAGAACUCCUGAGUUCAAAUCCUGGCAUGGUUUGUUACACUGGGCGAAUCACUUGCCCUUUUUGUGCCUCAAUACCUUCUAGUUCUAAAAAAAUUCUGAUAAGCAGCAUAACCAAAUAAAGGCAAAAGGAAAAUAAAAUUUUAAUUUCAGUCACAGCAGCAUAUUAAUGCAUGUUCGAAAUACUGGUAACACUUGGAUUUUUAAGGAAACAUUGUGUCACAUUAAUAUUUAUUAAUAUACUCAUGAACUUACUAAGCAUCACACCAGACAGAUUCCUUGCUCUAAAGAAGCAAUGCUUUUAAGGUAUCAAAAUGGGGAUGGAUAUAUGUGUUUUCUCAAAUUUUUUAGGCUGUAAUGUGGAAGGGUAAAUGUCAGUUAUAACAGGAUGAGGCUAAUAUAAAUAGGUAGACUUUCUGAAACAGCAGAGAGAAGUACUUGACAGAGAAUUAGGCCUGUACUAUAUUAACCUAUUAAUGGUAGCAAAGUACAUAAGCAGGAAUUCACAUGGGAUAAGAGAAAUGCUAAAAAACAAGUUGAAUUAAGCUUUGGAGGUAGUAUUGUGAGAAUCUAGUGGAUGAAGUGAUCUUAAUGUUUUGGGGAAAGACUAAAGGGAAAAGUGCUUUUAAAGGAGUAAACAACACUAGGCUAAAAAUACUGUUCAGAGGAGGGAAGUUGCAAUAGCGGAGGCAGUGUGUAAGAAAGCAAGGCCAGGAAUCCUGCCUAAAUUUUAGGCCCAACCAUGACUAGCUGUACAUCCCCAGGCCAGUCAUUUUACCGUUACGUAACUCAGGGUUCUCGUCUAUAAAGUAGGAAACUACUAAUUGUCCUACCUACCUCACAGGGAUGUUGUGAGGAUCAAAUGAAUAGAUGAAUGUAAAAAUGCUUUUAAACGUGUAAGUCACUAUAAUGUAACUGUAGUGGAGAAGAAGACCCUGUAGCACAUUAGUGCUGGUGUGUGUCAAGUCUGUGGGCCCACUGACUGUAAGAGGCAUUUAAGGUGGGAGGAGGAAGAGAAAAUGGCAUUACUAGUAAAGGUACAAUGGUAGGAUUAACUCUCUGCCUCCUUAAGAUCAUGAUGUAAAUGAGGUGCUGGGUAUACCACCCCCCCAUCUUUGUUUUUCUGUUAAGUAAUUUAAUCCUGGUGUGGAAAAAUAAAGUUUUUACUUAUAUGUAGUUGUGGGUCAGUCCACUGCUUUCUAGUGAUACCUGUGAUCGUUUGUCACCUCCAUUCUCUGCUUCCUGCUAACUAGUAUCCAGUGUCUCGUCCAUAUAUGGCCCUAAGAGCUACCUGUGCAUUCUGUUUGCAUGGCAAUUGAGAAAUAACUUUCCAUUUCUAAGAGUUUUAUAGAUAUAAUACCCUUCCUGGCAAAUUAUCUUGUGUCAGUGGUAGAUAAUUGCAUAUAAUAGGAUAAAUUAUCCUGGUUGACUUAAACUCUAUUCUAAAGAAAACAACUGGUAAAUGUUAUGCUGAAAUUAUAAUAUUGGUGAAAAAAAAAAUACUAUGGGCCCUCUUCAUCUCCCCACCCCCCUUUCGAAAUACUUGUCUGGAAUGUAGUUUAAACAUUGGGUUUAGAAAAAAGAAAGAGUGGAGGAUUUAGUGAAAAAGACACUGAACUUUGUAUUGAAUAUUUAGAGUCUAGUCAUUUCUGCUGCUAAUUAGCUGUGUGACUUUGGACAAGCUACUCACCUGUUCCCCUGUCAUCGAUCAGUGAUUUUUAGGUGGUAGAGAAGUUGGGUUAGAGAAGGAAGUAAGAGGAGCCUGCAAGUAUUCUAGGCAGAGUUCUAAGCUGAAUUAGUCAAUUUUAAACCCCUUUCCUGUGCUGCUUAUUUAUACAGGUCAGGGUCCUCAGAUGUUCAGUAACCCUUCAGCAAUUAUUGUUAGGUGUCAUUGAGUUGAUUUCGACUCACAGUGACCCCAUGUGACAGAGUAGAACUGCCCCAUAGAGUUUUCUUGUCUAUCUUUACAGAAUCAGAUUGCUAGGUGUUUCUCCUGUAGAGCUGCUGGGUGGGUUUGAACUGACUUUUUGGUCAGCAGCCAAACACUUAAUCUUUGUACCACCAGGGCUCCUUCUUCAGCUAUUGUCACUAUUAAUUUUGAACUCCUCUUAGUAAACAUGUAAGGCUAGUGUCUGAGUAAAAUAGUCCUAGCCCUUUGGAAGAAGUAUUUCAUGUAAAAGUAUUAGUUUAGUUCAUCUUGACUUGUAGAUGAAAGUAAGCCAAGGAUCAGAGAGUUCUAUCCCUGCUCAAGAGGCAGAAGUACUGAACUUUGAUUAUUUACAAUCUUCUGGGAGGCAGUGUGGUAAACUAGCCUGAUGGAGAAGACAUGGGCCAAGUCCUGGCUAUGCCCAUUAUUAGCUCAGAAGUCACUGAGCCUUUCUGAACCUGUUUACGCUUACUUUUUAAAUUUUUCCAGUACUAUAGUAUGUUUGUUUACUGUCCACUUUGUGUAGGACAUUAUUGUAGGUCUGUGAGUCAAAAUGGGUUUAUCUGCCUGAAGUACUCUGCACACUGGAUUCAUUCUCAUAACACCUUUCCGUGUGCAACGUUCAUACUUUUGUUCAGCUGUUUGAAUCAUAGAUAUGAGAGUACAUGACAAAAUAAAUUACUGCUAUGAAAAAUCACCCCAAAAUAUAUCUGUUAAUAAUAGGAAGGUUAAUAAGAGUUAUUUCAAAUGCAAAGAUCAACACAUUAACAGAAUUACUAUAGCCAUUGAAAAUCAUCCACUUAAUCCUAUCUUCUAUAAUAUUUGAAGCUUUUAUUAAGCAACUUAGUAUUUUUGUUUAUAUUUUCAUGUUCAGUGGUAUUGAAAAAUACAGUCUUCUUUAACCCUUACAUAUCAGCAAUAUUGAUUUUAAUUCUUGGCUCUCUUUACUUUCUUUA